GACUAAGUGCAUAACGCGGCGCACCGCAAAAUAGAGAUCGAGUUCAAAUCCGUAUAAUCGUCUUAGAAUGUCGAAUGUGCUAAAAUCGAUAGUCGCCUAUUUGCGGCUGCAGCUGAAUGCUCUGAGCUUCAUAAUUCUGGGAUACAUCAUGCGGCGCUUCUUGCGUUCGGCCAUGAUUGUCUUCAGUUGGUUCGUAGUGCCCUACAGUCGUUACACCAACAUAAAGGUGCUACGGCGAAAGCUGCCGCCCAUACGCAGCCAUCUGCUGGAAAUACCUGCCGUUGACUUGGCCAAGCUGAUUCGCACCAGAAAGAUCAAAAGCGAAGAGGUUGUCGAGGCGUACAUCGAACGGUGCAAGCAGGUAAAUCCACUGAUCAAUGCCAUUGUACAGGAUCGCUUUGAGGAGGCACUGGAGGAGGCGCGCGAGAUUGACAGCGUUAUUGCCAUGGGCAUUAAUAGCGUUGAAUCAAUGGAGGAGCAUACUCCGCUGUUGGGCAUACCAGUAACCGUGAAGGAGAGCAUUGCGGUCAAGGGUUUGACCAAUCAGGCUGGUCGCGUUUUCAAAAGUCCCCAGAUAGCCAAAUCUGAUGCGCCUGUUGUGGAGCAGAUCAAGCGGUAUGGAGGCAUCAUUUUGCUGGUUUCAAACACACCCGAGCUGUGCCUGCUCUGGGAGACGUACAACAAUGUGACGGGCCAGACAAAGAACCCCUACGAUUUGAAGCGGACGCCGGGUGGGUCUUCUGGCGGAGAGGCGGCACUGCUGGCUAGUGGAGCCUCUCUUUUGGGCCUCACCUCAGACAUAGGUGGGUCGUCGCGUCUCCCUGCCAUGUUCAGUGGCAUUUGGGGCCACAAACCGACGCCGUAUGCGGUCUCCUUUCGCGGCCAUCAUCCGACCAGCGAUUUCCCCAAGUGGGGCGAUUUCUUCACCAUAGCGCCGAUGACCCGCUACGCAAAGGACUUGCCGCUUCUGCUGAAGUGCAUGUGCGAUCCAACUGGUCCCAAGCUGACGCUCGAGAAGGAGAUCAGUGUACUCGGCAUACGCUUCUUCUUCAUGGAUAAUGACGGUCCCUCUGGCAUGAUGCGACCGCUCAGUCGUGAUCUGCAUGCCGCGAUCAACCGCGUCGCCAGCGACUUCAAUGCAAAGCGCGUUAACAUUCGAAAGAUGAAGUGGUCCCUGGACAUCUCCCUCUCAGCCAUGCUGACCAUGAAGAACAUCGAGACCAUCUACCACAAGACCGAAGAGGGCGAACAGCCCAAGACCGUGUGCAAGGAGACGGUCAAGUACUUCUUUGGCUGCUCGGACAGCAUUCUGCCGUCGGUGAUAUUCGGCCAUCUGCAGAACUUUAUGAAAAUCUUACCGAACUCUCGGCACAAGCACUUAGCCACCAUAAUUGAGGCGCUUAAGACUGAAUUCAAGGAGUUGCUCGGCUCAGAUGGCGUGUUCCUCUAUCCGACGUUUCCGAACACGGCCCACCAGCACUACCAGAUCUACCAUAAGCUGCUGGAGCCCAUGUACAUGGCUAUCUUCAAUACACUGGGCCUGCCCGUCACCAAUUGCAUGAUUGGGCUCGACAGGCGCAACCUGCCUAUGGGUAUACAGGUGGUGGCCAAUCCAGGCCAGGAUCACCUCUGUCUGGCUGUGGCGCGUGAGAUGGAGCGCCGCUAUGGUGGCUGGGUCCGGCCUCCUUCCGAGGACAGUCACGGUGGUGGUGGCGGUGGCGGUGCUGGCAGUAGCGGGGGGAAGCGCGGUUAGUUAUUGAUAUUAUCCAUGUACAUAUGUAUGUAUGCCCUUUGUUUUAUAAUACAUUUAAUUGUUGUAUGCAUUUUGUUUAAGCCAACAUCACAUCACAACACAUCACAUUCUAGUUCAAUUUGUUAUAUGUACAAGUAUUAGUGUUUGAAGAACUUUGUCGAAAAAUCAUGUUUCAUUGCAUUAAAUUAUUGCUCCCGAACUUUUUUAAAAUUCGAAUAAAAAUAUCGUUAGAUAUACAUAUCUCUACCCUAA